CCGAACGCCACAACGCAACGCAUCACAAAUCAUCCACAAUGGCUCCCAACCAAGAACAACCCGUUUUCGACCACUCCAAGGUCGACUUCACCAAAGUCGGCCCUCGCCGUGUCCAUAUGGAGAAGGUUUUCCGACAUCUCGGUUUGUGGAAUCCAGACCAGGUGAAGGCGAUUCGCGAGAAUUGUGAGGAGGAUGUUUGUGCCAAGCUUCCAAGCAAAGGCUUUCUCCAAGUUGGCCAGGCCUACUUCGAGUACUUUGUCGACAAGAAAGUCUGGUACAGCAUUCUUGGCAAUGGCAACGUAUCACGCGACGACCAUCCUUGGCCUGUUCCCGUGAGCGACAUGCCUCCCAGAAAGGACUUUUCCGAAGGUGUCUCUCGAUUUUAUCAAGGCUGGCUACUUCGAGACGCAUCUAUUCAAGAGUCACAGGGACAUUCCGCAAAGUCGCCUAAGUCCGAGGAUUCCAGCAAAGAUACAGCCACGCCAGGACUUGCCCCCACUCAACCUGCUUCAAUCGCAGAGACUUCUCAGAAGUCUCCCGCAGUGGCUACAGAGACAGUGGCCGUCAAAUACGAUCCCUCGCUCCCCUUCGCCUUACAGGCCAAGCCUACCGUGGCCACAAAGGCUACUCGCAAGUCUUCAGUGGCUUUCAAGACUGUCUCGGAGAAGCCCCCCUCCCCUCCAAACUCUCAACUCAUGUCUACACAACUCACUCGAUCGGUCGGUGAGGUUGAGGCGCUCAGAGAAGAGUUGGCGGGCCUCAAGGAACAGUUCAGAAAGCAGCAACGUGACAUAGAGCGUCUGAAACGCACUCGAUAGGGGAUUUGGAGGUAGUUGAGAGAGAAAUUUGAAAGACGUAAUGGUUAUCGAAUGGGAUAAGAUAAUGGAACAUACGUGGAUGAUUAAGACUG